GGAAGGCGAAAGGAGCCGGCAGCGCUGCCGGCCGCUGCCCAGCGCAGCCCCCCCGGAGCAUGCCAGGGCAGCGGGGGGCACCCACCUCGCUGCCCCCCCGGGAGGGCCGGCGGCGGGGCCGAGCGGCGGCCGGAGCGGGUGGUGGGGAGGGGGGCGAGGAGCAGAGCACCCUGCUUGCCCUCCGUCCCUCCAUCCCGGCUGCGGGCAGCCAGCCUUGCCGGCGGGAAGGGGGAGCGGGGUGCUGAGCGAGUUUUGGAGGCGGGCUAGCGGGGAUCAUGCCGGGGGGGCUGAGCCUCGGCAUCGCUUUCUCCUCGCCCUCCAUGGAGCCCGGGCUUUUUCUACAAUGACUUUCCCUGAGCUGAGUAAUGGCAGCUUGAGUGGGAACAGGACGGGCCAGGGCAGCCCGAGCGGUGCCAACCGGUCCUGGGGGCUGCAAGGCGAGGAGACCCCCGAGGGCAACGGCACCGCCACCCUGACUUUCGCCUUGGACGUGCAAGCGGUGGGCGUGGGGGUCUUCCUGGCUGUCUUCAUCCUCUCAGCCAUCGUGGGCAACAUCCUGGUGAUCCUCUCGGUGGCUUGUAACCGGCACCUGCAAACAGUCACCAACUACUUCAUCGUCAACCUGGCCAUCGCCGACCUGCUGCUCAGCACCACCGUGCUGCCCUUCUCGGCCACCUUGGAGGUGCUGGGCUUCUGGGUGUUUGGGCGCAUCUUCUGCAACAUCUGGGCAGCUGUGGACGUGCUGUGCUGCUCUGCCUCCAUCAUGAGCUUGUGCAUCAUCUCGGUGGACAGGUACAUUGGUGUUAAGUACUCCCUCAAGUACCCCACGAUCAUGACCGAGAAGAAGGCGGGGGUUAUCCUCGUGGUGGUCUGGCUCUCCUCCAUGGUCAUCUCCAUCGGGCCCCUGCUGGGAUGGAAGGAGCCGCCACCGCCAGAUGAGAGCAUCUGUAGCAUCACGGAGGAGCCAGGCUAUGCCCUGUUCUCCUCCCUCUUCUCUUUCUACCUGCCCCUCAUGGUCAUCCUGGUGAUGUACUUCAGGAUCUACGUGGUGGCCAGGCGGACCACCCGGAGCUUGGAGGCAGGGGUCAAGAAGGAGAGGAACAAAUCCAUGGAGGUGGUACUGCGCAUCCACUGUCGCAGCGUGCUGGAGGAGCCUCUCUCCAGCACCAGGAGCAAGGGGCACAACUUCAGGAGCUCCCUUUCUGUGCGGCUCCUCAAGUUCUCCCGUGAGAAGAAAGCAGCCAAAACUCUCGCCAUCGUCGUGGGGGUUUUCAUCCUCUGCUGGUUCCCCUUCUUCUUUGUCCUGCCUUUCGGUUCUUUCUUCCCAUCUCUGAAGCCCUCCGAAAUGGUCUUCAAGAUCAUCUUCUGGCUGGGAUACUUCAACAGCUGCGUGAACCCCAUCAUCUACCCCUGCUCCAGCAAAGAGUUCAAGAGAGCUUUCAUCAGGCUGCUCAAAUGCCAAUGCCACCGGAGAAGAAGGCCCAUCUGGCGCGUCUACGACCACCACUGGCGAGGGGCCUCCAUGAACAGCUCAGUGCAAGACUCCGAGGCAGACCUGAGGCCCAGGAUUAACACCCUGAACAGCUCCUUCAUAUUUCACCCCUCCUCCCAGGAGAGAGCCAACAAGAGGCGAACGCUCAGCUUCAAGGGCUGGAAAAUGCUCAGUCCUUUCCAGAAACCAGCAUCCACCCAGCUGAAGGAGAAGAUGAACAGCCUUUCCAACAAAAUCCGGGGUGGUUCCAGCAAAGGAGGGGUGACAGCCACCUACAAAACAGAGGUGGAGUCUGUCUCCAUUGGGAUCCCUCAUGACUUCGUGGAAACCAUUGACUACCAAACCUAUGACUUAACAGACUGCUGCAGGCUGAGAGAGACAGAUAUUUGAAGCCACUGGGACAGCUGUGGGUGGUUUCUUUAGAAAUAUCUAGCAGAAAGGUGAAGGGACACCAUCUGUGGGUCUGUCAGGCAGGCUGGAAGCAGCAAUCAGGUAUAAAAUGCAGUUGCCCAAAGGUUAUCCAAGUAUCCCCCAUGCAGAGGCCAAGCCCUUCUCUGGGAUUAUGGGUUCCUCAAGUAAGAGCCAGUGGCAUAUUCCAUUUUAAUGAGCCUCAGCAGGAGGGGAAGAUGUGGGGUGGAUAUGGCCUUAGGGCAAGAGCUGUUCCCUCCAGUAGAUGGUUCUCACUGAUGUUGGAAGCAGCUGUGCAGUGAAGGGAAACCAGGAUGUCUCCUUUGCCUUAAAAACACCAUCACAAAAUCUAGCAGAAAGCUCAAACCCCAAAAGAUGCCAACCCUGCCUUAGUAGAUGUGAUCAUGUGUCCAUCCAGAGGCAGCAUCCAGAAUGGACACUGACAAGCAGUAGCUGGCAGAUGAUCCUUUAGGUAAUGGGUUAGUAGCUUGUAGGUCUACAGGGCUGGGCAGGACCUCCAGCCAAGGCCUUGGCUUUGGAGACUGAGCAGACUGUGGUGUUCCAAGCUGGGUGGGGGGAUUUUGGCUCUCAGGCACCAUGUCUGCAGUGACCACAGCUCUGCCCUUUCCACAUAACCUGGUUUUAGGCCAGAGGAGCAGUCUAGAUGGAUAUGCUGAUGUCAAUGGGUGUGCAGGUGUCUCUUCUCUAGUUCCAACCUGUCAUCCAUCUCUCAAUUCACUUUUCAGUGGAACACUUGAAACCCACCUUCCUGUAGAGUACAUCUCUCUGUGAUACAGAGAGAGAAAGGACCUCCUUUUGGUCUUGGUCAUCCCCAGGCUUUUCUGUCCCCUUCUUGCUCUUCUUGUUGUCUCUCUCAAACAACAUGGAAUAAAGAUGCAUCCCAAGGCUUUGCUCAGGUCCAUAGUCAACCUGUGCCAUGGCUCAGGAAAGGUGGGAUGGCUGAGUUUGGGACCCAUAGAGGCAAAGCUGAAGUAAUGCUGACAGGCACUUGGAGCUCCUUCACGUAAAUGGAUCUUCUCCCCAGUCAGGAUCAUGCCCAUGACUCUUCUACCAAGUGGCUUCUCACAUACCAGCCAGCCUUUGGUGGCUACCAACAAUUGUCCUUGGCUAUGCCUGCUACCAUGGUGAAAACCUAUGUGAAUAAGGGGGGUUUUGUCCUUCUCACUCACAGUCCCAGAGUGUGAGCUCCCCUCAGGAGGGGCUUCUUCUGAGGACCACAGGGAGGCUGGAGCUAUCUCAGGCUCACACAAACUGUGCUUUGUGACUCAGAAAAGUGGUUGCCCAAACUCCACCUGACCAUGUGUUGCAGGCACUGGUUUUAUUCACUUUCAGACAGGCAGCGAGCCAUGGAGAGACAUUAGAUUAAGCUGUGGCCAGAGCUAGGAGACAUGUAGGCAAUGGAGGUGAGGUCUGGAUAUGAGGUGCAGUGUCUCAAGCCAGGUGAGUAAAGGACAGGAACAUGAAGUCAAGGGAUGGAGACAUGACACUGAACACGUCCUGGGUGGAAACUCAUCCACAUCAGCACUGUUCCCCAAACCCAGCAAGAGUCUUUCAUGAAUGUGCCUCCAGCACAUCUAGCACAUCCUCUUAAGAGUGACUAUCAAAGGAGAUUAAAGGCUCUUAGAUGCAGCAAAGACAUUUUCACCUUUCUUUCUGCUGACCAUUUGCUUUAAAAGAAAUACAGAGGAAAAGUUGGACUUGCUUGUAUUUUUUUACUCAGUGCACCCUGAGACAUGAUAUCUGCAGUUGGGCCUAUCUCAACACCCUUUUUUUCUCAAUGCAAGACUCCCAACUGGAUGAAUUACUGCACAAAGUCUUGCAGAUUUUGUCCACCUGUUUUCCUCCCAGCAGCAAAUCCCACCAAAGCACGUGGGCACCAUUGCACUCACACUGAACCCAGACUCGUUACUGCCUGUAUUUUAGCAGGUGACAAGUGUCUGCAAAAUCAGCAAGAGGCUACCAGCUGGAGAGGUUCAACCCUACCAAAGCAAGAGCCUGCUAGCUCAUGGGAACCUCUGUGGGGAAAUGCAUCUGUUUUUUCCCCCAUUUCUUGGGCCUUCAAGGGAAGUGAGACCCUACAGUGAUGAUGGGGUGACACAGAAAGUCAUUUUGCAGCUGCCACUGGUUUCCUGGGUGUUUUGGGGAUUCUGGUGGGAGAGCACGUUGCUGGCACUGGGAUGUAACAGAGAUGGCAUCAGGGAGAAGGCAGUCACUGAAGAGCAAAAAUGCCUGGGAGGUCAAGGUGAAAUCAUGACUCCUUCCCUUCCAGGAUGCAUGUGCACACUUGCCAUUCUCAGAGGGAGUAAAUCCACCCAGAUCUGAAUUUUGGCCCCUGUUCUGGUGACACUGCUUUGCAUAAUGUAGACAAUCUGGGGGCACAGCUUAGGGUGAGCUGAGAUAUAUUUCAUCAAGAAGUCAAAGUCUAAUCAAGGAGAAAGGUGGAUAUUUGCCAUUAAAUGUUCUCUGGUGCUCAGGAGCAGAUUUAUCAGGUGCCUCUCCACAGCCAGACACUCACAGCACAUAGUAACUUGAGCAUCCAUGACCAUACAGAUGUACACACACUUUGCUGCAGUUAUAUCCAUAAAAGUCUUCUCCAAAAUGGCAGACAUCCUCCUAGAAAUGGAGACUUUGCAGGCGCUUUUAGGAGUUGCUGGCAAGAAGCUCAUUCCCAAGAAUGACUUGAAAUGUUUACUUACAGUUCUCCCUUUUAAAUAGAAUUCUUUCCUUUUUUUUUUCCAUAUUUGAAAUACUUGCAUCUACAGCCUUCAGCCCCUGGAAAGCAUCCAGAAGGGAAAGAAAAGUCAGUCUGCAGGUUUAAUGCCUCACCAUCCCAAUUCUUUGCAGACCUGUGGGGAAGAAAAGGAGGAUAAAGUCUAUUUAAGCACACACCUGCACACACACAGAAAUGCCCAAGCUCUGGCUCAUUUACUUACUGCUUUUGAUCAGGCCCUGAGAGGUAGCCUAGAAGGUGCUGUGGGGAAGUCUCAAGCUCUUCCGAGCUGCAUUCAGGCAAAAUACUUGUUUCUCACCUUAGCCUGGAUCCCCCUUGCAUUUCCCACCUUGCACCAGAGGAAGCAGCUCCAGGACUGGAUUCUGAGGCUGUUUGUUAGAGCUUCAUUUAGAGCAGGUGGUGCUGCCCUUGCUGGCAGGGGAGGAAGGACAAUAUUGUGGGAAACAUGACCUGAGUGUCUAAAAUGGUGCAUUUCCCUCUGAUUCCCUUAAUCUCCAAGCUCUGCCAAGUUUGGGGAAAUGGGCUCAGACCUCAGGAGGUCAAUUUGGUCUGAUCCCCCUGACUGCUCAGGAUCCGCACGGGUGCGACCACCUGAGGGUGUGGCCCCAGUUCUCCACAUGUACCAAGGAGCCCAUUUCCCAAAGCACCCGUACCUUGGUUAUCCAGCACCUCUCACCUCAUGGCUCUGCCUUUGUGUCACCUUUGCAUCAUCAGACCUUGCUGCUUCUACAAACCAAGCGUGCGGGAUGGUGAAGAGCAGCUUUUAUGCCUGUAGACUCUCAGGAGUCACAUUUAAGGGGGAAAGAAGGUCCCUGUCAGCCUGAGCUGGCCUGCAGUUGGGUUGCAUUAUUAUUGUUUACAGUGUGUAUAUAAGUGUACAUUUUCUUUAGCAGACAUUGGAAAUUUUUAUGUCUAGAUUUUUAUUUUUCAUCCCCAGAUGUAUUUAUUAGCCAGAGUAUUUCUGUUUUGUGACUCGAGUUCUGUCAGGUUGCUGUAAGCUCUAUGAAACAGAAUGCACCUAUUUUUGUCUGUUUGUACCAAAUACAUGCACAAACCUGUCUAAAA